AUUACCGCGCACUCGAAAGCCGAUGAAAAAAAACUGACAAUUUCUGAACUGACACGGGCUGUAGAUAUAUUAAUCUUUUUUUAAAAUGUUUUUUCUUUAGCGGGCUCUUCCGACUAAUUCAGACCAAAAUUAAGAACAGUCCGCCAUAAAUCAGAGACAGCCACAGCUCUACAUGUAGGCUACAGCUGGAGAAUGCAGGCAGGAGGGGUGGAGUUCACUGCAUUUACUUUUCAAAGCGCCUCAGUCUCAGACAGAAGAGGCUCAGUCUACAGAGUUGGGUUGAUAGGUCCUGGCAUUUGAUCCCAUGCUGAUUUAAACCAGUCGCAUCACUUCCCCUGUUACCGCUGCCUUCACUUAACUUUCCAUGCUGUUGCCCGUCCAGUGGACAGCAUUCGGGAGGUUUUUCUGGACUGGGUUCUCUCCUGCUCACUCAGCUGCCGCGGUUCGGUUCUCCACCCUCGGCUCUCCAAGUCCAACAGGACUCACUCACACGGCCACAGGAGCUGGCCCGAGUCUCCCGCGCACAUGGAGGGGGACGUAAUGGACAAGGUAGAGGCCACGGCGACGGUCUGUGACUUCGACCCCAUAAGUGGAAGCAUCCCUGCCACCAAGGUGGAGAUCACCGUGUCCUGCAGGAAUCUUUUGGACAGAGAUACUUUCUCCAAAUCGGACCCAUUGGUUGUGCUGUACACCCAGGGCGUGGAGACUAAACAGUGGCGGGAGUUUGGGAGAACGGAGGUGAUAGAUAACACACUAAACCCAGAUUUCGUCAGGAAGUACAUCCUGGACUACUUCUUUGAGGAGAAGCAGAACCUGCGCUUUGAUGUGUAUGAUAUUGACUCUAAAAGUCCAGAUUUGGCAAAACAUCCCAACGACUUUAACGACUUCCUGGGACAGGUCUACUGUACUCUGGGAGAGAUUGUGGGCUCACCUGCCAGUCGCUUGGAGAAACAACUGGUGGGCAUACCUGGGAAGACAUGUGGAACCAUUAUCCUAUCAGCUGAAGAGCUGGGAAACUGCAGAGAUUAUGCUACCAUGCAGUUCUGUGCCAACAAAUUGGAUAAAAAGGACUUCUUUGGAAAGUCAGAUCCCUUCAUGGUCUUCUAUAGAAGUAACGAGGAUGGCACCUUCACUAUCUGUCACAAGACCGAGGUGGUGAAGAACACCCUGAACCCUGUGUGGGAGCCAUUUUCCAUCCCUGUCAGAGCACUUUGCAAUGGGGAUUAUAACAGAGAUUGGGAGAGAAGUGUGGAUGUAUUAUGCACGUCCCAAAGGCAGCCGCAAUGUGCAACAGAACUGGGCACAGAUAGCAGGACAAUCAAAGUGGAGGUGUAUGACUGGGACAGAGAUGGAAGUCAUGAUUUCAUUGGUGAAUUCACCACAAGCUACAAAGAGCUAUGCAGAGGCCAAAGCCAAUUAAACGUGUAUGAGGUGGUGAAUCCAAAGAAGAAACUAAAGAAGAAGAGAUACAUCAACUCCGGCACGGUUUCCUUAUUGUCAUUCAAUGUAGAGUCUGAGCACACCUUCUUGGACUACAUUAAAGGAGGAACUCAGAUUCACUUCACAGUGGCCAUUGAUUUCACUGCAUCAAACGGAAAUCCAUCACAGUCCACUUCGCUACACUACAUGAACCCUUAUCAGAUGAAUGCCUAUGCCAUGGCUCUAAAGGCUGUGGGAGAGAUCAUUCAGGACUAUGACAGUGAUAAGAUGUUCCCUGCACUGGGAUUCGGUGCUAAGCUCCCACCUGAUGGGAGGGUGUCUCAUGAGUUUCCACUGAAUGGCAAUGUUGAGAACCCGUACUGUAAUGGUAUCGAGGGGAUUCUUGAAGCUUACCAUCAAAGCCUUAAGACGGUUCAGCUGUAUGGACCCACCAACUUCGCUCCUGUUGUUAAUCAUGUGGCAAGGUAUGCAGCAGCUGUGCAGGAUGGAUCUCAGUAUUUUGUCCUGCUCAUCAUUACAGAUGGAGUAAUAUCAGACAUGGCUCAGACCAAGGAGGCAAUAGUGAAUGGUGCAAAACUUCCGAUGUCUAUCAUUAUUGUUGGAGUUGGCCAAGCUGAGUUUGAUGCAAUGGUUGAGCUGGAUGGCGAUGAUGUCAGAAUCUCAUCAAGAGGGAAGUUGGCAGAGCGAGACAUUGUGCAGUUUGUACCAUUCAGAGACUACAUGGACCGCACAGGUAACCACGUCCUUAGCAUGGCACGCCUGGCCAAGGAUGUUCUGGCUGAAAUCCCCGAUCAGCUGAUCUCCUACAUGAAGAGCAGAGCCAUCAAACCCAACCCUGUCCCCCCACCUUACUCAUCCUGUGAGCAGCGUGAGACUGAGUCUGUUUGAUCUCUGCAUACCACAAGGCACUGCCUUGAAUGGGUCGCUUCACAGAUUAAUACAAAUGAUUCUUUGAGCACACAGUGGAGAGGCUUUGGGGCAUUUUUACUCCAAUGAAACACAAUAAAACUCCACGAUGAGUCGGAGUAGUAAGACAGCUGAAGAGGAACUUGUUGAUAAUCAGAAUGUUUCAUUCUUUGAGAGCGCUGAGAGGAGAGCAGUGCAGAGGGAAGUUUUAGGUGUUUGCUGUCAAACCUGUCAAAGUGGUGAUGUAACGAAGAGUGAGUCUGUAGGAAAGGCCUUGUUGAAGGCUUACACAUAUUAGGAUGUGCCAGUUUGUAUUUUGUUAGUGAUAUUUUUCUGGAGUUUAUGUGAUAAU